GGGGAAGCAAAUUUUAAAAUGAGAACACUAGCUGUACCAUAUUGAAUAAUAUUAUAAAUAUUUAACUAUUCGAUACGUUUAAAUUAACAGAAGCAUACAAAUGUCCACUCAAAGAAAAAAAUCAACCUAAUGUUCCUCGAACGUUUUUUUAUUGGGGGAGCAGAAAGAGUGGACUCCCCUUCCCCUCCCCACAGCGCUCGCUCUCUCCCUCAAUUAGUUGGCUUAGCUAGUUCCACGUGGCUACAUCAGUAGACCAAUAGCCUUCCGGCCCCUGCCGUUCCUUCUUUCCUGACGCGGGCGGCCUCCUAUGCCUCCAGGCAAAUUCUAAGGUUUCCCUCUUGCUGUUGCCUUCAGCAUUGACAUUUUCUGGCCAUUAGAGGGCGCUUUAGAUAAUCUGUUGAAGGCCUUAGAAGCCAUAAGAGGCUGUCGCCUAGCAACUAGUGCCGAAUCCUAAACAAAACCGUCAGGCUGCGAGAGACCCUGCGGGCUGCUUUUGCAGCUCUCGUUGCUAGCGUCAUUUAGUUUACUGCGCGUGGGUCUCCCAGCCGCUGGACUAUGCCACCCACCAGAGACCCCUUUCCAUUAACCCACUAUGAAAACGAAGUGACCUGCACCGGCAAGGCUAGGAACUGCCAGAAAGCCCCCUAUGCUGUGCCAACCCAUCUUGCCCAACAGCGAGACCCUUGGAAUCGACUACAUGCAACACCUACAUUAGCAAGCAUCAGAAGGGAAGUGUGGUACAUGGAACCCGAGGUUUCCAGAGACAGCCUGGAUUUUAAUCUCAGCUCCCUGUACAAUCACCACGAAGACCUGCUAAAAGACAAGAGCGAGGUAGUGCUCCAUAAAGAGACCAUCUCUGAUAACCAUGGAGUACUGAAAGGUUUAGAGCCUGUGAAAGAAUGUGCUGUGCCUCCAAUUCCACGUUCUACUUCCAGGGGCCUCUCUGUGAGACAGUGGGUUAGCCCAGUAAAAGAGUCCAUCCACAGCACUGAAGGAGCCAUUGAAAGCCCUCACACUGCAGCCACCAACAGUGGAUACUCCCGCAAGGAGAAUGGCGGAAUCUUCUAUCACUAAAGAUUUUGCACAGCCACACUACUUCAGGCCUCCAGACGCUCUACUUCAAGCUCAUGUACCUACACCCAUCUACACUUGAGCUGACUCUUUACUGUCUGUGUCGCUUUUAAAUCCUUCAUUAAACCAUCCAGCUUCACUGAUUCAAGCUAGAGCACAGUUAUGGAAGGAAA